UUAUAUUAACGCUUGUAUUGUAUGGAUAUUCACAAUGUAAUAAUUAAUCAACAACGUCGAUGCAGUUUUGGAGAGACGUGUCCUGGGAUCCGGAUAGCAGUGUUCAGAGUCACUUUGAUAAAUAAAAGUCUCUGUACACUAUAGCAUGCGCCAGUUCAGUUGUCAGCUGAUGCUUCCUGUUACCGUAGCUGUCAUGCAAAAAGCAGCUCGACUGAAUUGAAUUGCAUUGCAUUGGUUUGACUGGAUGAUAAUAGCAUAUGCCAAAUUUUCAGGUGCAGCGCUUGCAGUAAAGUCUAUUGACUGGACAUGGAGGACUAUAACAGCAUCUGUGCCACAGCUACACUUUGAGGGAUCCACAGUCACAGAACCAACACAAAUUCUAAACUUCCUACGAAAACAGAGAUUCAAUGCCGACUAUGAGUUGACGGCUAAGCAAGGUGCAGAUACAAUGGCUUAUAUCGCCCUACUGGAGGAAAAGCUGCGGCCAGCACUGCUGCACACAUUCUGGGUGGACGCAGAGAACUAUGCUAACCUGACCCGACCCUGGUUUACGUCACAUUCCCCGUUCCCCCUCAACUUCUUUGUACCAGGUCGACAGGCCAGCUUGGCUCUGUCCCGCAUCUUACUGACCAAAGCAGAGUCACCAUUGCUGAACAUCACAGAAGUAGAGGGAAAGAUCUACAGUGAAGCCAAAGAGUGCCUGAAUUUGCUCUCCCACAGACUUGGGAACUUCCACUUCUUCUUUGGAGACAGGCCUACAAGCCUGGACGCCUUUGUUUUUGGCCAUAUCGCCCCUCUUAUUAAAGCCCCUCUUCCCAGUGGCCAGCUUCAGAAGCACCUGAACCAACUUGAUAACCUCUGCCAGUUCUGCAACACCAUCCUUAAAAACUACUUUACCGACGCCUCUGCUGAGAAGAGAAUGGACUGCUCUCCGACGGCUACCCAUGAUCCUGUCGAUGCAAACCUCCAGAAACUGACACAACUUGUUAACAAAGAGUCCAACCUUAUUGAAAAGAUGGAUGACAAUCUUCGCAGCAGUCCGCAGCACAGACCGCACAGACAUGACACCAAACCCUCGGCCCCGGCCAGCGAGAACUCAACCCGUGCCUGAUGAACCCCUUCUAUCUAAGCACUGACUUUAACAUCAUUUAUUUAUCUUCCAUUGUAAUGUAAGUUGAAAUGGAAAGAAUUUCCAAAUCAUAUUUAUAAUUUAACAUACUGAUGCGGUCAUAAUAAAUUAAUACUAGUUUUUCAUGAUUAAGUUGCUGAAAUGUUGGUUUGAGUGUUCGAUUUUGUAACACAACAACAUAAAGGGCUUGUUAAAUGGGCAUUCUUCAUCUGUUGUAUUUAAGAAUCAUUAGCACAUGUGGCAACUACGUAUAAAAAGGGAAAUGCUUUAUAGUAGCAUAAUAGCAACACUGAGCUGACAAUUGAUGACUUAAGAUACAAAUGCUAUAGUUUAAAAGAGAAGUGCGUUCCAGUUGAGUUGCAUUGUCCUUGAUCAGUUUUCCUGGCGGUCUUCACACAUUAUUGUAUAUGGAACUUUGAAUGCACAAGCUGGCUUUCCAAAUGCAAAAGGUUUUGUGUGUAUUUUAUGUUUUUAUUUAUUUUUUCAAUACUGCUCAAACACAAUUACAGGUAUAAGAUUUAGGGUUUAUAGGUAUUCAGCAUUUAUUCAUCAUAGAGUUGUUUAUAAUAAUCAAAUUAGGUUUAGUUUAAAAUUCUACAUAAAUAAACAGUUUUUAUUUAAGUGCACAUGGUAGAUUAACUAUCAAUACUGCAGUAAGCAUGUCCACAUUGUGCAUUGCAGCAUACAUCUCUCUUAUUUGAUUUGAUCUUUCCAUUGAUUUCGCUUGAUUGUGUAACUUUCCACAUUCUUGACUUUUGGUGCAAAGGGAUCUUGACAUCUGAUUUUGUGUACUGUGUAUACAUUUAUUGUUUUUCAUAUUCCUCUGGAGGUUUUAUACAUGCAAGGAAUGCCUUAAAAGUCCAGUGCUGUGCCAUGCCAUCACACCUGACUGUAUUUUUGAUUUAAUCGGUCA